GUGCGAGGCGGCGAUAAGAGCGCAGCGCAGGCGGAGCUUUAACGGAACAGCUGGCGUCGAUGAUUCACGGUGGAGUAACGGCAGAUGAGAGCCAGUUUCCGAGCAGAGCGCACCAUGAUGGGAGCGAACACGGUCUCACUGUGGCUGACAUGGGCGUGUCUCGUGCAGACGUCCGCACUGCUGUCUCACGUGGACAGGUACGAGGUGGUCACACCUCACAGACUUGCGGGGAGACAGAAGAGGAGCGCGCGGGACGGCCAGGUUCAUCCUGACACCAUUCGGUACGAGUUGGCCUUUGAGGGCAGGAACCACACGCUUCAUCUGGAGAAAAACAGGAACCUUGUUGGAAGAGGCUACACUGAAACUCGUUAUUCAGAAGACGGAAGACGUGUGACGACGUCACCGAACGAGGAUCACUGCUUCUACCACGGCCGCGUCGAAGGCGUGAAGGACUCCUCCGUCAGCGUCGGGAUUUGCUCGGGCAUCAGUGGCUUUGUGAGGGCCCGGCAGCAGGUUUACCUGAUCGAGCCCCUGGGACAGUCCGACGAUGGACCCCAUGCAGUUUACAGACGGGAGCAGCUGAAGGUCAGCGGGAGGCCCGGCUGUGGCUCCUCGUCCAACGGCUCACUGUACGACCGGGACCAGAGCCCGCCGCUCGCCGGCCUCUACAGGACCAGAUCCUGGAGAUCGAAACCCAUCGCGGGUCCGCAGAAGUUUGUCGAGCUGGUCGUGGUGGUGGACAACACUGAGUACAAGCGAUACGGACGUGAGACGAAAUCCCGUAUUCUCGGAGUAAUAAAUCACGUUGACAAGCUCUAUCGGCCUCUGAACAUUCGAGUCGUGCUGGUGGGCUUGGAGAUCUGGACACACAAAGACUACAUUGACGUCGACGUCAAUUCGGAGACAGCUCUGGACAAUUUCCUCCUGUGGCGCCAGGCUGAUCUUCUCCAGAGGGUGAAGCACGACACGGCCCAGUUUGUGACCGGCAAAGACUUUGACGGAGACACGGUCGGACUGGCAAAUAAGUUUGCCAUGUGUACUGAAAACUCAGGUGGAGUCAAUCAGGAUCACCAUGACAACCCGAUAGGCCUCGCCUCCACCAUUGCUCAUGAGAUGGGACAUAACUUUGGCUUGUCCCAUGAUGCUGCAGGAUGUGCGUGUGGUCCGUCCUACAGCAGCGGGAACUGUGUGAUGGCCGAUAAGCUCAGGACAGGAAGUCAGGCGUUCCCGGAGUUCUUCAGCGACUGCAGCGUGGAGCAGCUCGCUGAGUUCAUGGAGCGAGCUCAGCCCAGCUGCUUGUCCAAGCCGUUAAGCUCCAUCAAGACCAUCGCUGUGGUUCCUCGCUGUGGCAACGCCCUGCUGGACCCCGGAGAGGAGUGUGACUGUGGCACCGUGGAGGAAUGCAAUAACCCCUGUUGUGAUGCCUCCACUUGUCGCCUGACCGGAGGAUCGCAGUGCGCUCAUGGACAAUGCUGUGACAACUGCCAGUUCAAGCCGGCUGGGAGCGUCUGCAGAAAGUCGGCCGGCGACUGUGACCUGCCUGAGUACUGCACCGGAGUGUCGCAGGACUGUCCCGAGGACAGCUUUCACAUGAACGGCAAGCCCUGCUACAACCAGGCUCAGGGCUACUGCUACGACGGCCAGUGCCCGACACACGAGCAGCACUGCUGGAGGCUGUUUGGCACAGGCACCAGAGUUGGACUGGACGUGUGUUUUGACCUGAACAAACGGGGUGAAGAAGGUGCUAACUGUGGGAGGAACAGAUUCGGCUACACCCCCUGUACAGCACAGAAUCUGAAGUGUGGGUCUAUAUUUUGUGAUGGAGGGGGUGAGUCCAUCACCGGUAAACGGGCAGCCUACACUGUGUACAGCAUCCAGUGUAAACUGGCUGUGGAUGACGAUAAAACCAGAAGCAUCGACAUGGUGCCCAGAGGGACCCGAUGUGGACCGAAUAAGGUUUGCCUCGACAACAGAUGCGUGGAUUUAUCCGUUUAUGGCAAAAAGGAGGAUUGUGCAAAGAAAUGCAACAACAAUGGGGUGUGUAAUCAUAAGCAAGAGUGUCACUGCAAUCCGGGCUGGGCUCCACCCUACUGUGACAUCCAGUACGCAGAUUUACCUCAAGGUCAGACUGGGAUCAUCGCUGCUGUGUGUGCUGUUCUCUCCAUCCUUCUGGUGGUCACUGUGAUCAUAGCAGGGCUGAUGUGCUGCAGAAAGGACAACAUGGACAGCUACACCUCUAAAAGGAAAGUGCACUCGGCUCCCGACAGGCUGAACCCGAUGUUCCAGGAGCCCGGCGCCAAAGACAGACCUCAGAUCAGUCAGCCCACGUUCGUGGAGUCAACGGCAACGCAAGCCUGCGCUCCUCUGAUCGUUAUGGCGACUCCCAGCAGACCCGCCCCACAGCCACCGAAGAAACCGUCUUCAGUGUCGUCCACCUCACAAACCGAGCCGACUCAGAUGCCUCAGCCUCCAUCCAAACCUCUGCCACCUCUGAAUCAGACUCAGUAUAAGGCAGCCAAACCAAGUCCUCCUCCCGUACCUCCAGCGAAGCCCAGCCCUCCUCCAGCUGCCGGAAUCAAAGCCUGCACUCCCCCAGUGCCUCCAGCGAAGCCACACGUCCACAGACUCACAUGAGUCUCAUCAGAAGGAUCGAGUCUGACCAAAGCAGAGGACUUUGAGCUCUUAGUCGGACAGGCAGAAAGUCAGCGACUCUUUUUGGUUGUGAGUCACAGAGGCCAAACUGUGGAAAAGCCUUUAAAGAUGUGAUGCAGGACCGGGGCUUCACCGGCUCAGAACUUCUUUGAUAACAUGAGACCAAAUGCUUCUCAUCAUUCUUAUUUCGUCUGCAUAACGUUACUGCAAGACGUCUCAUUGCACUUUGAUGAGCGUGAGCAAAAUGGUGCUCACGUGAAAAUGUACUUUCUUAAAUAUUUUAGAUAUGUUUAUGCAAGGGACUGUAUGAAAAUGAUUAAAACAUGUGGGGGUGGGGUGCAGAGAGGGUAGGCCCUGGUAAGAGCUACCUAAAAUGGCAGAAACCAUCUUUGGUAAAAAUUUAAUUGGCAUGUUCUUUGAGUUUUUAGUUUGGCUCAUGUCCCAUCUGCUAACAUGGAGGGGGAGGAGUUUAUGAGCUGUACUGCAGCCAGCCACCAGGGGGCAACACAGAUGUUUUGGCUUCACUUUUGGGGAGCUCUCAUGUCGUUAUUUUUAUACACAAUCAAUGGAUGAAACGAGUCCAAUAUUCAGUAGCUUAUAGGCCUGAUUUUGGUCUACGGAGGGAAGAUAUCCCUUUUUUAGCUGCUAAAUAUCUGAAAAUGACGCAAUGAGAGCCAUGAAAGUGAACCAUAACAGUAAAGAUUGCAUGGCGGGAAGCUAAACAGCUCAUUAUGAAGCUCUGUAAAGCAGAGGGGAAGCCACAGAUUCAGGUUCAUUGGAGACCCUUUUCACUUUGACCCAUUUUUAUCAUAAAAAUACAGAUUAUUGCCCUGUUAAGUUUUUAUUAAACCAGUUGUAGCAAGUCAACACUUGCCACAUGAGAUAUUAGUAGGGAGGGUGUAGCAGUUUUUUCCUAAGCCGCGGGGAGUGUCUCCACCCGGCCCCACUGUAAUAAUUGUUCAACAGUCCCUAAACUGUCCAAAGCCAGUCUGUGCCUUCUGCAAGGUUCAUUUUGCAUCACUUUGCACUGUACUUGAAAACGUGUGAGCGGUACGCACAGUAUGGGAGGCUGUGCACCGUUCAGCGAGUGUGUCACUGUGGUUUAGCGUGAAAUACUUCCAUGCUUCUUUUCAGUCCCGAGACGGCGAGUGUGACAGCCUCGAGGAGCAAAUACUUGUUUAUUUAUUGCACUGAUGGGUCUGCAGGGCAACAGUCACAGGGUUUUGUAACUUUUACGUGAAACUGUAAAUUAGUGGCAAAUCACUGUUGUGUUGGCAAUCUGUCACACUUAUUCCACCGGAUGUAAAAUGAAUCCCCGUCAGAGGGACUUUCUGUUGUGACAAAUAAAGUGCACUUUAUUACACAAGUGUGAUGAGAUGAUCAUGUUGCCUCAGCAGAUUACACAGUCGGCGUAAAGCAAAACAUGACAGGAUUUCUUCUCUGCUUCUUCAGUGUUGAACUGAAAUGAUUAAAAGUUGGUUAUGUCUUCUC